AUGCACCUGAUUGCAUCUGCUUUCAAUGGCGGCCCUCCCCUAGAGCGGAGUCCAGGGCUUAUAGGCCCUGCCCUGCAGGCCGCUCAUGCAUUGUCCAUCCCAGUUCGAAUGGGCAUCAACUUCGUCGCGAGGAGCCAGGCACUCUCCUGGAGCGUGCAGCACUCUUUGUCAAAUCUCGAGUGCGCUAUCUUUCUAAGCAAGUGGCUAGAACAGCUAGCAAUCACCUCGACAGCGCAACCACUGGACAAGGAUGAGUUGCGCUUGGUCCAGAUGAUCCAAGGUUUGCUUUCAGAAACCGGAUUAUUUGGAGAUGAUUGGAUAGGGGCGAUUGGCAUUACCAACAUGUCAGAUCAAAAAUACCAGAUCCGACGACUUGCAACGGCCGUAGCCAGGAUGUGGGCAGAAAUAUUCAAAGGGAACCAUGUUUUUGAGGUGGUCAACAUCAUUGGGGCUAGCCUUACUAUCUAUGCCGAGUCAAUGGAGAGCGCGUACACUCCAUCGAAUGUAGCAUAA